CACCCCCGAAUUCGUUUCUUUCCCAUCUGCGAUUUUCCUUCCCUUCCCUCCCGACCUUCUCCACUUGCGAGCGGCGGACCCGAGAUCGCGUCUCCUCCUCCUUCUUCCUCUCUUGCUUGAAUCUGCUACUGCAUGACAGCGUAAGGCCGAGCGAGGAGCUUCCAUUUGUCUAGCGUUCGACGUUUCUUCUCCAUCUCCUUCGUCUUCAAGUUCUCGGCUUCCCCUUCUCUUUCAUCUUCAAGUUCUCGGCCUGUCGCCACUGUUGCUCGCCGCUGCUCGGCACUUCCGUCCCUACUGUACCAGAUAAGUGAUCUCAUCCAAUCAGAACGAAGAUGUUUCUAACAAGGACUGAGUAUGACCGUGGAGUCAAUACGUUUUCUCCUGAAGGCCGGCUUUUUCAGGUUGAAUAUGCAAUUGAGGCCAUCAAGCUGGGAUCAACUGCAAUUGGGUUGAAGACAAAAGAAGGUGUUGUCCUUGCAGUUGAAAAGCGUAUCACUUCACCCCUGUUGGAGCCAAGCAGUGUUGAGAAAAUUAUGGAAAUUGAUCAGCACAUAGGUUGUGCAAUGAGUGGACUAAUUGCUGAUGCUCGAACACUUGUUGAGCAUGCACGAGUGGAAACUCAGAAUCAUAGGUUCUCCUAUGGGGAGCCAAUGACUGUAGAGUCUACAACCCAAGCUCUAUGUGAUCUAGCCUUGCGAUUUGGUGAAGGCGAUGAAGAAUCAAUGUCACGACCCUUUGGAGUGUCUCUCCUCAUUGCAGGCCAUGAUGAGAAUGGACCUAGUUUAUAUUAUACUGAUCCGUCGGGAACAUUUUGGCAAUGCAAUGCUAAAGCUAUUGGUUCAGGUUCAGAAGGAGCAGACAGUUCUCUGCAAGAACAUACAACAAG